UCUAAAGCGUUAGUUUGCCUCACACUCUUGUGAGACAAUGUUGUGUGGGAAAACACCAACAGUGCCAUACAACAAUUGUUCAAAACCAAAAAUAAAUCGGAGGAAAAGGAAAAAAAACAAAAUCUAAAAUAGUGCUCAUCAGUGUUUCUUUUGCUUUUGCUUUGUCGUCAUCAUUUUAUUACUGGUACUGCUUGGUUCUCUCGUAGCUGCUUUAAACAUAUAAUCUAAAAAGUGCAUAACACAGAUUAAGUGUUAAAACAUAUUGUAAAAAUGCUGUACAACAUAAAUGAAGAGGAUGUUACCCUUGCCCAGAAUGAUCUGCUUAAUAGUUUUCGAUUUAAAAGAUUAGCUGAAUUCACACAAAUCCUAAAUCGAACAAAAAAUUCUGCACUUAAACCAGCCAUCGUACAAUCGGUGUUUGAGGCUGUUUUAUCCCAGCCAAACAGUGAAACAUAUCUACAAGCAUGUCUAGCUCAUGGAGCUCGGGUUGAUAAGAAAUCCGGCCGAGGAGAGUACCCGAUACAUCUAGCAGCAAAAUCACGCGACAUCAACAAUUUGAAGCUACUGCUAACACGGCACGAAGUCAACGUUAAUCAACUGUCCGAUGAUGGCUAUAGCGCAAUUGAUUUAUAUGUCCAUCACACGCUGAUGAACACUCCGCCGAUACCUUCGCCAAAAGUAUUGAAUGCAUAA